AUGGGCGAGCACAACCUCCUUAAUCCCGGCUUCGUGGGACCUCUGGUGAACAUCCACACGGGAGACACCUUCUACUUCCCCAAUUUCCGAGCGUCGGGGGGCCAGCUGCCCGGCUUGCCGUCCCUCUCCUACCCUCGGCGGGACAACGUGUGCUCCUUGCCCUGGGCAUCCUCGGAGCCUUGCAACGGCUACCCGCAACCCUACCUGAGUAGCCCCGUCUCCAUUAACCCUUCCUUCGGCCGAGCCUGCGACCUCGCCCGCGUCGAGGAGAGCAAAUGCUACUACCGGGAAAGCUGCCCCGACAGCGCCGCGCUCAAGAGGGACGAGAGGCCCCGGGACACCCCUUUGCUGCCCCUCGAGCCGGGUCUCCCCAGCGCCUUGGGGGGCAAUUUCGGCAAAUAUGACUAUGGGCCGGCCGAGGGGGGCCCCCACGACCCUCCUUCUUGUCAGUCUUUGGAGUCUGACUCCAGCUCUUCGCUGCUCAACGAAGGGAAUAAAGGCACCGGGGGGGACCCGACGAGCAUGGCCUCCCCCCUCAACCAAGGCGGCACUUUAAGCACCGGUGGUGCUCCCUGGUACCCGAUGCACACUCGCUCGCGGAAAAAGCGCAAACCCUACUCCAAACUGCAACUCGCCGAGCUGGAAGGGGAGUUUAUGGUCAAUGAAUUCAUUACUCGCCAAAGAAGGAGGGAGCUCUCAGACCGAUUAAACCUGAGUGACCAGCAGGUGAAGAUCUGGUUCCAGAAUCGACGCAUGAAAAAGAAAAGACUCCUCCUGAGAGAGCAAGCCCUCUCUUUCUUUUAA